AAAAACUUUUUUUGCCAUUUUGCUAAAUCAUCAAUCAGUUCAGCGUUUGAAUUUUGGAUGAUAAGCUUGCUUUUUGAUUUCUUCUUGGUAAAAUGGAAAAAAUUUGCAAACAAAUUGAUUUCUAUUUUUCCGAUUUCAAUCUUCAUCAUGAUCGUUAUUUACGUUCGAUGAUUGUGGAAAAUUCUUUAAUUCCGGUCGAUGUACUAUUUGGAUUCAAUCUGAUUCAACAAUUAUUAUCAUCGAUCGAUGAUAAUGGUGAGGAUAUUCGCAUUGAUGAUCGAUCGAUCGAAUUGAAAAAGAAAAAAAUAAUCGAAAAAUUCGAACACUAUCGAUUCGAGAAUGUUCGAUAUAUCGUUACCAAACAAUCAUUCGAACUUUUACAGCCAUUUGUUUAUGAUAAAAAUGGUUAUUUGAAAUCUAAAAUCGAUUCAAUUGUACAUUUAUCAAGAUUAUCAUCAUCAAAGAUGACCAUAUUGUCUAUGAUCGAAUGGAUAUCAUCAUUAUUCAAUGAUGAUGAUAAUGGCCAAAAUAGUUUCUACGGUAUUAAUGUUUGUAAACGUAAUAAGGAUAAUCCUAAUUUCAUUCGAAGUGCAUUGAUUGUGUUAAAAAAUGAAGAAUGCGUACGAAUUUUGCAGGAAAAAAUCAACGAAUCUGGUAAUAACGUUAUUCGUUUGGUUUCAUAUCGUGAUUAUCUACGUUAUAAAAAUAAAUCUCGUAUGAAACGACGACAACAAAAACGACAAGAAACCAUUCGACAGAAAUUGGAAAAGAUGACAAUCACAAAGACUGGUGAAAAUAUUGAAGAAUCGAAAGCAAUGAAACCAAAACAAAAACACCAAAGAAUACGAUUAUUAGUUGCACGUCGUACACUUGUGAUGACUGGAAUUCCUGAUCCGAUUGCUAAAUCUUUGCUAUUGCUACAAGAUAAAGAUAGUGGUGUUGGUAUUGGUGGAGAUGGUAGAUAUUCAUUCAAACAAUAUCUACAACCAUUAGGUCUUAUCUAUCUAUAUCAACCAAAAUUGGAAAGAAAAUCAACCGAAAACGGCCAAAAAAUAACCCAACGUGAUUAUUAUCUUUUUUUCAAAAAUCGUACCACAAUGCUUCAAUUUUAUAAACGUUUGACCGAAACAGAAGAAGAUCCUAUGAAUGUUUUUCGUUCGCUAUUCAUCGCCGCUAACAAUAAUAAUAAUAAUAAUAAUGAAUUGAUGUUGGCGGAAGAUCAUAAAUCAUCAAUGAUAACUGGUAAAAAUUUUUCAUUAAUCAAUAUGGUCAACGAUAAUGAUAAUGAUUUACCUCGAAGAUUCAAACAUUAUGUUCGAUGUAUUCGUCGAUUUUUUCAGAAUCCUAAAUCAAUCGAACAAUCAUCAUCAGUCUGAUCACACAAUCAAAAACAAAAAUUUUUGUUUUUUUUUCGUUAUUGAAAU